AAACACGCGUGUGGUCACGUGGUGCGCGUCUUCCGGUUCCGGCUCCGACUGCAGUUUGGAGCUCGAGCUCGGAUUAAAGGACAAAACACUUUUUAACGCUGCUUAAACGUGUGUAUGUGUGUGCGAGGCUCUGAGAACUCUCCCUAAUGGGCGGCUGGUCCCGCGGUGCCGUGCUGGAGCUUUAUCGAGCGCUGCUCCGUGCGGGGCGCCACCUCCAGUACACCGACCGCAACUACUACAGGCGCGUCAUCGCCCGCGAGUUCAGACGCUGCCAGACACUUAGCGAACCCAAGGCCAAAGAGGAGGCGCUGAAAAGGGGACAGUUCUUCCUCAACAGCCGUCUGGGAGGACUAGUCUAG